UAUUAAUAGGAGGGCGGUAACACCGAGGUAUGUACAGGUAGGUCACGGUAUCGUCAACAAGAAAUAUUAUACUCCUCGCAUACCAUCUACCAAAGAAUAAGCAAACAAAACACGUCUGAGGACACCGCGCUCGGGUCCGAGUUUUUGGACGUCUCUUCACCAUGCCGCGCUGGUCUCAAACGCCGAUCAUUUAUAAAAUAGGAACUAUUGGAAUUGUGGUCAGCUUCGUCAUUUUCGUGGUCGGGUUUGGAACGCCCGUGUGGUAUCGCGUGAGUCUGACUACAGAUGGGGUACUGGAAGCCGGACUGUGGCAGGCAUGUAAUGAAGGAUUCUCCAACUGCAACUAUAUCGAGCAACACGCAGCUGUUGUUGUUCGGGGUAUGGAGAUAGCGGCCUGCGCCUUUCAUCUGUCAGCCGUGAUCAACGCUUUUAUAGGAUUCUUUUCGUCAAACGCCAACCCUUUAUCGAUUGUCAUCUCGGCAAUACUCGCAGGCGUUUUCGGCAUCGUUGGAGAAAUACUGUACGCCACUUGGGGCAUUGAUAACCAGAUCAUUUCUGGCAGUGGCAAUAAGUUGUCCUGGUCAUUUGCUCUGGCCGUUGUCGGGUCUGGCCUCGUCACUAUAUUCUCCAUUGCGGCUGUCGUGGCCAGCUGUUACUUCCACGAUCCCGGCAAGGAAGACUCCGAACUGUCGGACCUGGCCAUGCGCGAGAUGCCGAGACACCAGAUGGAGCCAAACCACCAGUACCAGCAUUCACAGCUGCAGAAGUCGCAGUACCAGCAGCCCCACCAACACGGUUACAGUGGUGGAGACAAGAUGCCCAUGCAGGACAUACCCCGCUACCAGCCCGGGUAUCGGUCGCAGUACAAAUCGGGUUACGAACCAGAUCAUUACCAAUACUACAGCGGAAAUCAAAGAAAGAUGUACCAGUCGUCGCAGCGCUAUGAUUAUGAUCAAAGAUACUGAGAUGCAGGGUCGGCGCUUUUGAAACUUUAAAGAGUCUGGGUCCAUAUUUUCGAAGCAAUCUUAGUCUACGAAAUCGCAAAACCAUCGUAAACUAUGACGUCACUAUGGCAUGUGCCGUAGUGACGUUACAGCCUACGAUGCUUUUACGAUUUCGUAGCGCUAAGAUUGCUUCGAAAAUAUGGGUCGAGGACUCAAACCUCUGCUGACGUCUCACGCAUUCUGUUUGCAUGACGUUGCUAUGGCGUUAAAGUCUGAGACUCUGUAAGCCUCGAGUCUGAACUCUAAUAGUUUGAUGAGCACCAAGCCUGGUGUGUUCUGUGACAAUUUCCUGUUCAGAGACUUUGACAUGGUUAGAAAAGCAGAUGGUGGAAAUCCUACAUAUUAAGGCGUUAUUACAUCAUCUUCUUCAAAUAUUCCAUUACUUAAUAUUCCAGUAUUCUAUUGGCUCAUAGUCCUGUCUUAUGCGAUUUCAUAUUCAGGUCUUUUUUCACCUCUUAUUUAAGCCAUCUGCCAUUUCAUAUAAAAACCAUCUAUAAUUGUUUAAUAUUCAAGAUUAUAUAUUGUUAUAUAUACUUAACUCCAAAAGAAACGCGAAUACGUAGAUUGGAGGUUUUGAGUGCACUCAUUGAAAUACGUCCCAAAGUUCUUAAAAUA